AGAUCUACAGAUACAGAGCCUACCCAGAGGAUGCACAGUUCUGUGUAGUUGCAGAGGCCUUGGUUAAAAAACAUCCGUGUUUAAAAGAGCCCGGUUCAUUCAAUGGUUGCUACGGUUGGAAGCAAAGGCUGAAGUACAAAAUGGGAAACUACAGGACUCUACUCAAAUCACAAGGAUGUCCAGAGUUCUCUGUAAACUCACUUAAAUCCAAAGCUAGUAUUUCUGUUUUUCCCGCUACAAAAAUAAAGAAGCCAAGACGAGCUGAAGCCAACUUUUAUCCAUCCUUUCCAUUGGGAGAAACACAAGAAAGCAUGGAAAAAGAGAGAAUUGAACUCUUGACAGCAAUCAAAAGGAGGAACAAUGACAAGGUCAUUGCGGACAAAAUGGCUCGUACCUUUGCUUACAGGCGUCAGGAGGUGGUGAAUGAAGAACCUGGUAUAGAGGAUUUCAAGGACAGAUGGCCUGCUCUGUUCCAACAGAAAGAGAUUAAUGCGGAGUUCCAGAGGCUCAUGGCUCUUCCCCUUGAGCAGACUUUCUUGGCCCAGUUGGACAGGCACUCAAGUCAGCUGAUUAAAGUCAUCCAGGCCAAAGGAGGAGCAACACAUGCAAAAAUGGCUGGCAUCAUGAGAACUUAUGAUGAGGUUGAAGACAUUGGGAUUCGAAGGGAAUGUGUUCUGAAAGGGCUCAUCACCUUUCUUGGAGAGGAUGCAAAAGACCUUAUUAAGGAAUACUGUGGCAGCAGCAGAGAUGGUGCCCAGAUGGAACUCAAACAACUCACCAUGGCCGUGUUUGUGAUUCGGAAGGAGGGAGAGGGAUUGAAAGAACCCCCAGAAGACAUUGGCAUCGUCAUUGAGGGAGUGGAGGUGUUGCAUGACCUGACUUCAGUUGCCUCAGCAUGUGCCCUGCUUCUGGGUUUGAUAUAUUCCCUUAACCUGGCUUAUCCAAAGGCUCUGCGCUUCACAUUUGAAGUGUUCCAAAAAAUCUUCAUGCAGCUUGAGCAGCACAAGAUGUCUCCCAAAGUUCAAAAUUUGUUUGGAAGACUUCAGACCUCACAGUAAAGACACUGGCAUGUUGUGCAACAGGACAGAUUAUCUUCUGUCUUCUUUGUUUGAACAGAAGAGCGCCAUGUUUUGGAAGCUCAACACCUCAAGGAACUGCACUUUGUGAACUUCUGUUGGGACAUUGUUCACAUUAAAGCCACAAGUAAUACAGAAUUUACUGGAUAACAAUUGUGACUGGUAUUUCUGGAGGAUGUUUAUUGAUGAGGUUGUGAUGAACAUUAUCAUUUUGGGAGUAGGUCUUUUUUUGUUUUUGACAUUUCAUAAAGUUACAUGGUUCAUCUCUUUGGUUUUGUGUUGGAAAAAAUACAGGUUAAGGGGGAAAAAUUACAGUAGGAAAGUAGUAGGCUACUGCAGUUUGUGGACACUUUCACAGAAUUUUCUGUUUCCAUUUUUUAUUUUUAAUUUGAAUCAACAGAUUUGUGCAGUAUUUUUUGAAGGAGGUUGAAUGGAUCUAGAUCAUAAUGUUUACUAUUGUGUUCUUUUCUGGUGUCAGUUAAAUUAACGAACUUGGUUUAAACUAGGCAGCUAUUACAUCACAUCUUUGUUUGAAAACUUUUUGCCUAAAUAUUUUUUGGGUAUUGCUCUUGUUUUCAGUGUAAAAACAGUCACUAGUGUCAUUAUAUUUUAUGUCAAAAACAUGUUAUCAGCAAAUGUUAUGGUUUAAGAGUGUGGAUUUUCUUUUUUAGGAGGACUCGUGUUAAAUCUAAAAAACCAAAUUUUUUUCCUGAGGAAUACUUCUGGAUUCUACAACCUCACACAGGGGUGUCCAAGUCUUGUCCAGGAGAGCUACCAUUGUGCAACUUUCAGAUGGACCCUAUUUCAAUACCACCUGAAGCUAAUUUCUGAAUUCACACACCAGCAGACAUUCAGCUCAGCAGAGGCAUUGUAAUGAGCAGUUCAUUUGAUUCAGAUGUAUUGGAGAUGGGAUGCAUCUGAAAGUUGCAGGAUGAUGGCUCUCCAGAACUGGACUUGGGCACCUCUGAUCUAGCAGGUCGCUGACCAAAAAGGUUGAAGUAUUCAAAAAUACAACCCCAAUUAAGCAGAAAAGUAAUAUCCCUUAUAAAGUUUCAAAAGAUCUGUGUAGCAUGUUUAAUGCAUAAUAUUUUGUGAAAAACCUGUAAGUUUGUGAUGCUUUCACAAUAAAAUUUAAAAUGUUC